AUGACUGAACUAAAAGAGCAGCAAGCCAAGGAAUUAAAGGAAAUGCGGGAAAAAUCCGAAAGAGACAUUCAUAAUGUCAAAGUGGAAGGUGAAGAGAAUUUGCACAAAACUAAGAAUGAAAUGACUGAUGCUCAUCGUAGAGAUAUGGUCGAGCAUGACCGAAGAAAUGAAGAAAAAGUUAAGGAAUUGAAAAAUAAUUACGAACAACAAGCGAAAAGUAUAAAAGAAGAUGCCGAGCGACAAAGACGGGAGGCUGAGGAACGAGACCGUCGAAAUAAUGAACGAAUUGAUGGUUUACAAAAAGAUUUGAAUGAAAAAAGUAGUUCGUCUAAUGACAAAAUAAUUGAAAUGAUGCAACAGCAACGCAUUGAUGACCGAAUACGAGAAGAUAAAAGAGAAGAAAGAGAAAAUAAGCGUCGAGAGGCUGAAAAAGCAAGCGAAAAUGCUCGUCGAAAAGAGGAGCAACAAGCGGAAGCAAAACGUCAAGAAAUAGAAAGAAAAAGGACACGAAUGGAUGCGGCAUGA